UGAAAAAGUUGUAGAAUUUUUGGGAUCUCAAUUAGCUUACAAGUAUGUGGAAUUCGGAUUAGCAAUAAUGGGACUUCGACCGCUGCCCGAUCAAAAUCCAAACUAUCGAAUGUUAUUCGAUCUUUGGAGCUUCACGGUGCUGACAGUUCUAGAAGUCUAUCUACCGAUUGCAUUCGUCGUGGCCUUUGUGAAGAACAUCGAUAACAUAACGCCCGAUGAACUUCUCGCAACUCUCGCAAUGUUUUUCAAUCUUCCCGCAUGUGGAAUAAAAGUUAUAAUACUUUUAAUGAAUCGAUGGCGUUUCGAUAAAGCCAAGGAUAUGCUCGAGAUAAUGUAUAAACGAUGCACAAAAUAUGAAGAACGUGUGCAGAUCAAUCAAUUGGUUCAACGCUGCGAUACUUUUUCUAUUUUGUAUACUGUGGCAUAUCUAAUGACACCGACAUUGAUGUUGAUUAGUUCGGUAUUAUCAGGUCGAGCUCCAUUUAAUAUCUACAUUCCGAAUCUCGAUUGGCGAGAGAGUAAACGCAAUUUAUGGAUCGCUUCCUUUAUUGAGUUUGUUCUCCUCUCAAUUGGUAUAUCCUGUUGCAUUUUGGUCGAUUGUUUGCCCUCGAUAUUUGGUUUAACUGUGCGAGGACAUAUGAAAUUGUUAAUUGAACGAGUCGAAACUCUAAGAACCGAUCCGACAAGCAACGAGGACGAUAACUAUGAGGCGCUUGUGCUUUGCAUUAUUGACCACCGUUUAAUUAUCGAAUACUGCGCUAACAUGCGACCUAUUAUUUCCCGUUCGCUCUUUGUCCAAUUCACUGCAAUGGGAUUUGUUUUGGCCUGCACUUUAAUUCACAUUCUAUUCUUUGCCAACUUUUUGACGGCUCUUGCGGCCAUAUGGUACUUAGCCACUUGUGUCCUGCAAUCCUUUCCCAUUUGCUUCACCUGCGAUCAUAUUCUGGCGGAUUGCGAAAAGCUCUCGAUGGCCAUAUUCCAUUCAAAUUGGAUCGGUGCCGAUCAUCGAUAUACUUCGGCCCUCAGGCAUUUCAUGCACAAUGCUCAGCAACCAAUUCGAUUUAUGGGCGGCGGAGUUUUGCCCAUUUGUCAAGCGACCUACAGCCAAAUGGUGAAAAUGGCGUUCUCUCUUAUCACUUUCAUAAAUCAAAUGAAUAUAUUUGAUUUAGAUUGAACAUACAAAUACUUUAUUUCAAAUCACACAAUU